AUGCUGCAGAAGAAUAUAAUUAACACUCGCUUGGCCUUGGACAACUUGAGGAUGUCCGAGUCAGAAAGUCAGGAAGCCACCACAAUGAGGAUAGCGGAGGCUGGAGCUGGUCCCAAUUUUGGCUGUAAAGUCAUAGUACAAGCUCAAGAUUCUCACACCGCUAGCAGUGGUACUUGUCAGACUCGCAAGAGGAAGAUUGGAGGUGUCGACACCGUCGACAAGGAGAACGUACUAUUUCCGAAUGGCUGCGGCACCACAACUAUCAAGCGCAUCUGCCGGGAGAAAACCAGCACCGACUGGCAGACAGUCCUUGAUGUGAUUGCAUAUGGUGAAGAACAGCAAAAUAGACGGGAUAAAGACAUGGUAGUUACUAUAGAGGGAAAGUAG